CGAUUGAUCGAGAAAAUCUAGUCAUACUACCUUCACAUACCAGACCGGACGCUGUAAGCAUGGACGGAGAAACUAAGAGUCUCGAAUCUAUUAUUGACAACAAUCUAAGCAGUCAUGACUUAGAAGAGUUCAACAGAAUUUAUUACGGUCGCAAGAAUCACCACGAAGUUCCAUUAAAGGACACCUCAAUCGCUGCUGCUAAGGAAAGUGACUUCGAAAUCGCAGCCUACGCUUUCCCAGCUAAAAAAGAACACACCAGACCACCUAGAAUUGUCAAGGUAGGAGUUAUCCAACAUUCCAUUGCUAUCCCAACUGAUCGUCCGGUUAACGAACAGAAGAACGCCAUAUUUGCAAAAGUUAAGAAAAUUAUAGACGUAGCGGGUCAAGAGGGAGUAAACAUUAUCUGUUUCCAAGAGCUAUGGAACAUGCCUUUUGCUUUUUGCACACGAGAAAAACAGCCCUGGUGCGAGUUUGCCGAAUCGGCUGAAGAGGGGCCGACAACGCGUUUCCUUCGAGAAUUGGCCAUUAAAUACUCCAUGGUUAUCGUAUCUUCUAUACUUGAGAGGGACGAGAAACAUGCAGAUAUCCUGUGGAACACGGCCGUGGUUAUAAGCGACAGUGGUAAUGUGAUUGGGAAACAGCGCAAAAACCACAUUCCCCGCGUAGGCGACUUUAAUGAGUCGAACUACUAUAUGGAAGGGAACACUGGACAUCCGGUUUUCGCUACCCGUUACGGUAAAAUUGCUGUAAACAUUUGUUUUGGCCGUCAUCAUGUUUUGAAUUGGAUGAUGUUUGGGCAGAACGGCGCUGAAAUAGUAUUUAACCCAUCAGCGACGAUAGCAGCAGAGGCUGGGAGUGAAUACAUGUGGAAUAUUGAAGCUAGGAACGCCGCCAUUACAAAUUGUUACUACACAGCUGCGAUAAACAGAGUUGGCUAUGAAGAGUUUCCAAAUGAGUUCACUUCCGCGGACGGAAAGCCUGCCCACAAAGACAUUGGACUAUUCUACGGCUCCAGUUACUUCACAGCUCCCGAUGGGGUGAGAUGCCCAGGUCUGUCGCGUAACAAGGAUGGGCUAUUGAUCUCCGUGAUGGACUUGAACUUGAACCGGCAGAUUAGAGAUCGUCGCUGCUACUACAUGACUCAACGUCUCGAUAUGUACGUAAAGAGUCUGAGCAGAGUCCUAGAACUGGACUAUAAGCCCCAAGUUGUUCAUGAGAAUGAUAAAUGCAAAGAAAAGGAAUAAAUAUAAAUAACUAUUAAAGAUAUAUUUAUAUA